AUGCAUGGGACUACAUGGGACUACAUGGGGCAAUUGCAUGACCAGGUCUUUCUGCACAUGUCUCCCGUAGCCGCCCAGGCCAGCGACGCCAAGGUAGCUGCGGAGGCCGACAAAGAUGGCAAGGCAGCCAACGAUGACUUCAACGUCCUCGACCUUCUGCGCCACCUCCAGGAGCAGGAAGGCUACGAGGUCUACGACAUCUUCGAGCGUGGGCGCGAGAGGGUGCCAACGCAGGUCCGCCUUUGGCUUGAGGACAAGGAGGACUGGCUUGCGACCUCCGAUGCGAAGCCCAAAGACUUUGUGGCUGCCAACAAGGACAGCGAUGCCCCUUGUAACAGCCGCAACAGCGACAGUGGCGACAGCGAGGCAAAGGACGCCGAGUCUGACCACUGGGUGCUGCUCACCAUGCCGAAGCCUGCUGCGAAAGGCCGAGCCAAGCCACCAGGUGCUAAAGGCAAGGGGCCUCCGCCUCCGCCCAAAGGCGGCCCAAAGGCGAAAAGUAAGCCUCCGCCACCGCCAGCGCCUGGAAGCAAGGACUCGGCCAGGCAGCCUCCCAACCGAAGGCAGUCCAUGGGCAAGGCACCGCCACCGCCCCCUUUCGGCAAGCGUCUGCACUGGAAGCUGCUUCCGCCGGCAACUCUGGACAACACUAUCUUCGAGGAGCUCCAGGCUUGGGAUAAGGUGGCACCACCCUUGGACACCAAGCAGCUGGAGCGGCUGUUUACCCCUUCAGAGCGAAGCCUAGGUGCGGGUGCCCCUAUCACCUGCACGCCGGUCCCACCUGGAAAGUCCGGCUCAGGCAAGAUGUGCCUCAUGGACCCCAAACGGGCUCAGAACCUUGCGAUUAUUCUGCGGCAAGUUGCGCUGCCCACAGAAGAGUUGUGCGAUGUGGUGCGCGGCCUGAGGCUCCAGCAUCCCAUCAGCACCGAGACUUUGGAGCACAUCCACGAGUUCCUUCUGCCGCCUCUCCUGGAGUCCACCGAGAUGUUGGCUUCCUACGACGGGCCUACGGAGAACCUGCGUGACGUGGAGCGGCAGCUGCUGCCCUUGGCACGCAUCCCGCGGCUGAAGGCCCGAGUGAAGUGCCUCCUCUUCGGGAAGACGAUGCCUGGGCUCAGGGCUGGAUUGGAGGCCCGCAUCCGCACCCUCCAAGAAGCCUGCAACGAGGUGCGCCAGAGCCAGGCGCUGAAGAGGAUCUAUGCCAUGGUGCUGCGCGUCGGGAACUACCUGAACCAUGGCGUUGAUGCGCCGGAUGCUGGAGGUCUGGAAGCGCGCGGUUUCGCGGUGGAGAGUCUGCUGAAGCUCCGCGAUUUCCGCCAGGGCGGUGAGUCCUCAGUCACAGCUCUCCACUGCGUCGCGCUCCACCUCCUGCCCAUCGACCCGCAGCUGCCGGCAAAGUUUCGCGAGGAGCUGAAGGCAGCCCUUGAGGUCGGGGGCGAUGCGACAGGCGCUUCUGUCGGCCCCUCCAGCAACAUCGGCGAGCUGCGGGAAGCCGUAGGGCGCUUUCGGCACGAGGCAGACCUUCUCCGUGAUGAGGCGGAUCGACAUGCUGCCUCGUACGACAACGUCGGAGGAGGCCCUGGAGGCCCCUCUCCACUGGCGACGCUCCAGCAGCUCGCCAAGGAUGCGACGCGGAUGGCAGAUCAGCUUGAUGCGGAGGUGUCCGACGCAAUUUCCGAGGCCCUCCGCCUACUCGAGUAUUUCGGGGAGCGGCGCGGCGCAGGAGUGAAUUCUACAAGCAAGGAAGACGAGCUGGUGGAACGAUUCUUCAUCACGCUGAAGGACUUCGGCGUCUUGCUGGAGGCGUCCUGGCGCGAAGUCGUUGAACAGCCGAGAAAGCUUCGUUUGGAAGCAGCGGGUGUUUCUGCCGCCGCCCGGGAAGAGCCCGGGCAGCGCAUUUCCAGCCCCAAGACAUCUGUGCCCGGCAAGGAGGAGAAGCCUGGCUCCGAAGAUGCAGGGGAGGCGCCUUCCAAGGCCCCUAAGAAGCCGGGGCUCGGCUUUCUGGCGGGGGAGGCUGUGGCUGCAGUGCGCCGCCGAAGCCGCGCCACGCCUCCUGCACGGCCUGCGGCCUUUGCCUUGGCCCAGGCUGCAGGCACUUCGGGACCCUCGUGGCUCCUGCGAAAUGGGGCGGCGGCGUCUGAAUUGGAUUGA